GUGACGUGUGACGUACGUGAAGAGAUUUGAGAAGAGGAGGACAGCAUCACAGCUAGACACAGUUCGAUCUUGAAGAUGUGGUCGUUCUUAUCGAGAGAUCCCACGAGGGCCUUUCCUUUUGAAAUCGGAGAGAAGGUGGAAGGACUAGAAGAUAAAUCGAUUUGGACUUUGCAUCAAGGAAAACGGAAGGCUAAUGGAGAGCCUGUAUCAGUGUUUAUGGUGGACCUCAAAAGCCAUUCAGAAUCCAUAGUCCAGUUGGCCAAGAGCGCUCACAAGCGACUCAAGACACUGCGACAUCCAAAUUUCCUUCUCUAUGUAGAUGGGUUGGAGACUGAGAACGUCAUCUAUGUUGUGACUGAGGAAGUUACGCCACUGGGUACUUUCUUGAAGACUAAUGCUCCAAAAGAAUCAACAAUAUCUUGGGGAUUAUAUCAAGUAGUGAAAGGACUAAGUUUUUUGCACAAUGACUGCAAACUGAAGCACAACAAUGUCAACUUAAGCUGUGUGUUUGUGACUCGUGCUGGGGAAUGGAAGCUUGGUGCUGUGGACUACAUCACUCCAUCUGAAGGGGAGGGCAGUACCAAUCCAGAUAAGGGACUGAGAUCACUAGAAAAGUACAACCCACCAGAAAUGACCGAUGUGAGAGCUAGGAAGAGACCAUGCCCAUGGGCUGCUGAUAUGUGGGGUCUUGGUUGCCUAAUAUGGGAAGUAUUCAAUGGAACACUUCCUAGAACAUCAUCUUUAAAAGCACUGGGAAAGAUACCCAAACAUCUUGUACCAAACUACUGUGAAUUGGUUGGAGCAAACCCUAUAUCUAGACCAAACCCAGCAAAGUUCAUUGAAUCGUGUCAGAAUUCUGGUGGCUUCAUGAAGAACAGCUUUGUUGAUACCAAUCUCUUCCUUGAAGAAAUACAGAUUAAAGAUCAGACAGAAAAGACCAAGUUCUUGAGUGGUUUGAGUGCCGCCAUCGACGACUUCCCUGAGGAGUUUUGUCGUCAUCGUAUUCUUCCUCUCCUUCUGCAAGCCUUUGAGUUUGGCAACGCUGGUUCAGCUAUCCUUACUCCUCUUCUCAAGUUGGGAAAGCUACUGGAUGGUGAUGAAUACCAGAAGAGGAUAGUGCCUAUUGUAGUCAAGCUCUUCUCAUCAACAGAUAGGAAUACAAGAGUCAAGCUACUACAACAGAUGGAUCAGUUUAUAGAGCAUCUACAACCAGCUGUUGUCAACGAUCAGAUCUUUCCUCACAUAUGUCAUGGUUUCAAUGACACCGUGCCUGUUAUAAGAGAAAAUACAGUAAAGGCGAUGCUUCUUUUAGCUUCCAAGCUGAAUGACAAGAACCUGAAUAUAGAACUCCUCAAACACUUUGCAAGGUUACAAGCCAAGGAUGAACAGGGAGGAAUCAGAACAAAUACCACAAUUUGCCUUGGCAAGCUUGCCGGCUACCUAAACCCUACGACAAGACAAAAGGUGCUUUCCUCUGCGUUUGUACGAGCCAUGAAGGACCCUUUUCCACCAGCCAGGACAGCGGGUGUCCUUUCCAUGCUUGCCACACAGAGCUACUACUCCCUCAAGGACUGUGCUCUCAGGGUUCUACCAACCCUCUGCACGCUCACAGUAGACCCUGAUCAGGGUGUGAGACAGAAUGCCUUCAAGGCUAUCAAGAUCUUCCUGGGGAAGCUGGAGAAGGUCUCACAGGAUCCAGAACUGCUGGAAGAAAUGGAGGCCGAUGUAAAUAAAGCAGGUUCAGCAGCUCAGAACCCCUCAAGUUGGACAGGAUGGGCAGUGACAUCUCUUACAUCAAGGUUAUACAGGGGAGGUGGCACUAAACCUGCAGCACCAGGAACAGGUGGCCCUCAACAAGCUAAGCCAGACACAACAGCAUCCAAGCCUGCACCUGCCAAGGACGAGAGGCCAUCUUCAAUGACCAGGGUUGAUGGCAGCAGAGAUCGAGACUCAGAUUCAGAUUACGGCAAUGAAGAAGGCAAAGAAGGUGAUGCUGAUGGCUGGAAUGACAAUGAUAACUGGGGCAAUAUGGAGGAGGAGGAAGAUACAACUACAGCACAAGAGACAGAGGAAACAAGUGAAUGGGAUUCUCAAGGGUGGGGCGAUGAUGACGAUGAUUACAAUCAGGACAGUCUUGAAACACCAGCUCCUAAAACAAGUAAAUCAACUUCAUAUGCUACAUCAUCAAUAUCAUCAUCAGCAAAGUCAAAAUCAUCUGCGUUAAAACUGGGAGGAACCAAGAAGACACAAGAUGUUGACUUUGGAGAUUGGGGUCUGGAUGAUUCCACGGUAGAUAGGAAACCCAUCAAGACAGGUUCCAAGCUGUCUAAAAGUCAGUCGGGUUCAGAGAAAUCUACUCCGAAGGGAAGUCCGAAGAAGACGAUGAGGAAUGAUGCUGACCUGGGAGGAUGGGACGAUGAUGAUGAUGACGCUGGUGGAUGGGGGAGCAUGGAUGCAGUAGCAGAUGAUGAUGGAGGAGGCGGUGGAGGAGGAGGAUGGGGAGAUGACGAUGACUGGGGUGCUAUGGAAGACGUGUCGAUAUCACCUACCAAAUCUGCGCAGAAAUCAAAGCCAACCUCCAAGCCCCCUCCAGGAUGGGGGGAUAAUCUAGACUUUGCAGAGGACAAGAGCCACACUCCAGCAAGCUCUUACAACUGGGGACAAGAACAAGAAACAAAUCCUGAUCAGGACUUCUUCGGUGCAGCGGCAAGGUCAACGACCACCACCAGCAAAAAGUCCCUACAGACAACCAAGAAGUCAUCCCCCAUCAAACAGACGGCAUCAUCUGAUACAUCAGGGUGGGGCGCAAAAGACUCGGGAUGGGAUGAUGAUGGCUGGGGAUCGGUUGACAAUGAAGGAGGCAGCAAUGAUAGUGGAUUAAGUAAAGCAGAACUUGCCAAGAAGAAGAGAGAAGAGAGGAGAUUACAAAGAGAGAAAGAACUCCAAGAGAAGAGAGCAGCCAGGAAAGCAGCAGGACCCACUAGACUUGGUGCCAAAAAGGAUUGAGAUCAAUGUCUUCUAUUCCACCCAUUCCAUUACAAAGCUAAAGUAUUUAAUUAAUCUAAUUUUGAUCUGGAUGAUACGUAUAUAAAAGCAAGUGUAUGCCUUGAAGUAAGAUUCAGUGAAACUUUAUUUUUUGAUGAUAGUCAUAUAUGAGGUAUGAGGGUUUAUGUAAUCAAAGAUGGAUGCUUAACUCAGAGGCAGUAGCACAAUCACAUGGCCCCAUAUCUGGGAUACCCAGUUUCAAACCUUACUGUUAUAUCCUCCGAGCUGUACUGCCUUCUCUAUAAAAAAAAUAUAUAUAGUGUAUACAUGUUUUUCUCGUUCUUUCUGCCAAUGAAUUAUUCUUUUGUGCCAAUAUUGAUUGGAUGUAGUUCUCGUUUAAGUGGGUAGAUAAGUCCACUGAUUCAUUGAGUAACGAGUGCCAAUCUCUUCAUCCUGCAAAAAUUACCAUAAUUCUGUAACUAUACAGACCUAUAAUUACCCGAUUUAAAUCGGUUUCCUGAUUUGUUUUCUUUCUUUCUGAUUCUUCCCCUAUUUCCCAAUUUUUCCCCAAUUUUCUUACUCAAA